CAAACCGGGCGACGAAGAGCAGGCUUCACCAGUUGCUCUGAUGGUACUUUUCACUACAGGCUACCGUGCGAUUUGUGCUUAGAUUUUUCCAACAGGGCACAGACGUCAAUUCACAUUGGUUCAUAUUAAUUUGAAAGAAUUUACGUGGAAAUAACGUUGAUUCAACCAGUGUGUGCCCAAUGUGUUUGAAUUAUGUCAGUUUAGGAUACUCAUUACCUGUGAUUAUGAAGGCGACAUAGAUUUUCGACGGUCCUCCAAUUUGUUGUGACUCUCCGUUUUCCAGAGAACAUUGGGUUUUCGAUUUUGGAUUAUUUUUUACCUGGGGCUCGCGUGUCGAGCCCGUAGUUGAGCGAAAGACAAUGCCGGCUGCGGGGCUAGUGAGGGAGCAGUGUGUCCGCGCACAUCCAGUACGCUGCUGCCACUGCACUCAGAUAGUUGUGGAAUGUCGAGCACUGGAAAUUUAAGAGGAAUGAAAACGAUGGAUAAUGAAACUAUUUACGGGACAUUUUAUCUGGAUACCUGGGAAUAAUCUGGACUGGAGAUAGAGAGCAAUACCUUGGACACAUCUGCACAAUAUACAUUUAUUAAUUAAUGUAUUUAGAGAUAUAGUAGCCUACCUAUUUGUAAAGACUGCCAGUGCAAUAUUUUAUAUUUAUAUCGAUGUUGUUUCCAUUAUUUGGAUGACAAAUAUGUUUGAGUUCAGCAUUCAGCAAGUUAUCAUUUUAUUCACCUUAACUACAUAUUUGUCAUCAUGGCGCACGUAUGCAACCUCAUGCAUUGGACCAGCCAUAAUCAGCACCCUCAGCAAUAUCUUGACAACAUCUCGCUCAUAGAAGAUUUUGAGACGAUUCAAGUGGUCUACACUCAGGUUAAUCUACCUGGGAGAUGGCGGCGGCGCUCGCCAGCUCCCUGAUACGUCAGAAACGUCAAGCAAGAGAGGGAAACAGCGAAAAGGUCGCCACUUCCAAACGGCGCACCAGUCCCAGCAAAGACCCCCGCUCCUUGUGCGAGAGGCAUAUAUUUACUGUCUUCAGCAAAGUUCGGUUCUGCAGCGGCAAGAAAAGACCAGUCCGCAGGAAACCAGAGCCGCAGCUGAAGGGCAUUGUGACGCGACUGUUCAGCGAGCAGGGCUUCUACCUGCAGAUGAAGCCGGACGGCACCAUAAAUGGGACCAAGGACGAGAACAGCGACUACACUCUGUUUAACCUCAUCCCGGUGGGGCUGCGGGUGGUAGCCAUCCAGGGGGUGAAGGCCGGCCUCUACGCAGCCAUGAACGGAGAGGGCUUCCUCUACACCUCAGACUUGUUCACAGUAGAGGCGAAAUUCAAGGAGUCUGUGUUUGAGAACUACUACGUCAUCUACUCAUCAACACUGUACCGGCAGCACGAAUCUGGCAGGGCCUGGUACAUGGGCCUCAACAAGGAUGGCGUGGUCAUGAAGGGCAACCGGGUGAAGAAGACAAAGCCAUCUUCACACUUUGUGCCCAGACCCAUCGAAGUUUGCAUGUACAAAGAGCCAUCGCUGCAUGACAUCGAGGAGAAGGGCCGCUCACGGAAAGACUCGGGAACUGAGGCUCCCGCUCUCCUAAACGGAGGAGAAAAAGUGGCGGGCCAGGACUCCACAGGGCAGGACGGUGGCUCAUAGCCUGCACAUCGCUCCAUUGAUUUCUUACACCUUGUUCAACGACAACAACAACGACGAUAAAUGAGAACACAACAAAAUAUAAAAAAUAAAUAUAUUUUAAAAUCAGGACGUUGAAUUGACAUUUUAUGCAAAAGCCUGAUGCGAGUGUGGCACCAGGAAGCUCAUCCUCCUUAUCAUGACAAUGUCAAUGUUUCAAAGUCAAGCUCUAAAAUAAGUUUUAAACCAUGCUAGUUCACACAUCUUGAUUUAAUGAAUGCGACAGCACUUUCAUUGUGUUGUUAUAAUCAUGAAUAAGAAUUGUAUUGUAAUUGAUUUAGGGCUCUAUUCAAUCUGAUCGACUUUUGUCGGCAUACGCAUAGCGGUCGUCUUGGCGGUGUCGGAGAUGGAACUGCGCUAGAGCUGUCAAAUCGACAUGCGGCUCCUGGCAUUAUACCUAAAGCAGACAUUGCCAUUAAGAGAAAUCCCAUGCAGCCUUGUUUACAAGUUCGAACACAGGAAUGUGAGAUUAGGCUGAUAGAAAUCCUCAUAAUUUAGUUUAAAGAUUUUCAAUUUGAGCGUCAUAUUUUCUCUAUAUCCUACACUUUCUCAUUCUGAACUCGGGUGUGGCUUCAUGACAAUGAUCAAGAGCAGCUGCUUACAGAUUUGACAGCUCCA